AUGACGACCGUUGUGGAUGCCGUGUCUGGUGCGAAAAGCGAGGAGUCCACACAAUGGGAGGACUGGCAUCGUAAACUCGGCAACUUCGCGCCCAAGGAAAAGGCAAAAAGCAGCGACUACAUGUACAAGGUAAAGCAGAACCAACUGGAAGCCGCCUGUCGCAACGAGCGCAAUGUCAAUCUUUCCGAUGUCUCUAAAGCCGAGCGAGCCGCGGAAGAAACCGCGGACGAGGAUUCAGAAUUGGCUGCGAUUCGCCGGUUGCGCAUGGAAGAAAUGCAGCGGCAGCAGGCCAGGGACCGCUUUGGCACCCUCCACCGGAUUAGAAAGGUUGAUUUCGUGCGGGAAGUCAAUCAGGCUUCGUGUGUGCCGCUCCCACCUAGCAACACGGCUGGGAGCACAGAGGAUUCGGAGCAUUCCUUUGGCCAAGUCCUGGAGGCCGAAGAGGUGGGGGAGGGCGGGUAAGACUAUUUGGCGAAGCAGGCCUGGCUGCAUUUUCUUUUUCAUUUUUCUUUCUUUGAUUUGGUAGUUGGCUCUGCACUCUUAUGGUUAUGCUGAACCAAGACGAUCGUGAAAUAAGACGACUUGCUCUUCUCUGAAGGGUAAAGCAUUCUGCGCAACUCCACCAACAGCGGGUCUGGCAGUACCUCUCGGACAACGCAAAAGCAAGACUCCUCCAGUGGUCCGGAGGGCGAGGCGGCUUUCCACGCCGAACAGUGCGCUCGGACCGUGCCGGCGCACGUGAAAUGCUUUUGGGUGGUGGUUUUGCUGACCGGCCCCGCCGUGGACUGUGCGGUCGAGGAAAGCUUGCUGCGACUCGCGGCGAAGUUUCGGAGCGUCAAAUUCGUGAGCGGUUCCGCCGAGGAGAUGAUGCCCGGGUUUCCCGCCGCCGCGCUCCCCGCACUGUUUCUGUACAACCGGGGGGCGUGCAGAAAGCAGCUGUUUCUGAAGAAACUGCUUUUGCCCUUACAGGUCAAACACAUGCAGUCUAUCCGCAACACGGCGCACGCGGACAAGGUCAAAAACCACGGACGGUAUCUGCGAAAACAGACGGAACUCCUCGAGUACCUGCUCUUCGAGCACUUCGUUUUGGAAAGCGUGGUCCCGCAAACGGGCGGAAAGGUGCGCAAGGGCCGAAUCGCGUCGGCUGUCGGGCCAGUGCAGGUGGUAAGCCCGCUAGAAUGCGAAGACGAUCACACAGACGACGACGAGCAGAACAGCUGCAAGGUAAUGCUCAAGAAGGAUCGCUGCUACAUCAACAAAGCCGUGCAGGCGCGGACGGAGGCGCUCAGCGACGAGGACGAUCCGCCGAGUGAGAAGGGCUUUUCCUCGGGUGGUGAAGAUAGUGAGUGAAGCAUGUUGAUGAACAAGAAUAAGUACCGGCCGAGAAGCUGCGCUGUUCUCUUCAAUGAGUCAGUUUUUGUCAAUUGGAAACUCCUAAAAAAAUCAGACUCUCUGACUUGUUUUUGUCUUGCGGAAGGGGUACACAAGAAAUCAAAAUCAUUUUUUCAU